AUGCCAUGCAAGCGGGGAGAUUCUAUCCGUGACAUGCUCGAGGAGGGUGGAGUGACAAUGAACGGGCCAAACUCGGAGAAUCCGCCAGAUUACGGUAUGGAUGAAGACGAGGAGACGAAGCGAAUGAAAAUGAGGCCACCCGAUAUCGACGCCGAUGUGAGGGAGAUGGAACGACGAAAACGAGUCGACUUGAUCAUGAACAGCCGAGCCUUUCGUGACGAGCUUGAGAGGAUAAUUGAAGAGCAAAUAAAGGAGGGCUAUACGCCUGCCUCCCUCGUGGCUUUGCAACAGCUCUAUGAUCUCUCGGCGCUUCCGGGGAGAUUCGGAGCCAUGUCCACUGGAAGAUGUGGAGCUGGUUCCAUAAUCCCGAUCGCAGACAUUCGAGGCAUUGAUUGCUUUUCCUAUGCCAAAGGAGAAAAGCUUCUAAGAUGCAAGCUAGCAUCAGUGUACAGGCUGGUUGACCUUUUCGGGUGGUCACAAGGCAUCUAUAAUCACAUCACACUGCGCACAAGUCAAGAUCAGGAGCAUUUCUUGAUCAACCCCUUUGGAUUGCAAUACCAUGAAGUCACUGCAUCCAGUCUUGUGAAAGUGGACAUGCAAGGCAAUGUAAUUGAUCCUGGUACAACCAACUUUGGUAUCAACUUGGCUGGGUUCAUGUUGCACUCAUCCAUUCAUGCUGCUCGUCCUGAUAUCAAAUGCAUUCUUCACUUGCAUACCCCAUCUGUUGUUGCUGUUUCUUCAUUGAAGUGUGGCCUACUGCCUGUGAGUCAGGAGGCUUGCUUGGUUGGUGAUGUGAGCUACCAUGAAUACCAGGGUUUGGUAGUGGAUCCCUCAGAGAAGGAAUCCAUAGCCAGGGAUCUUGGCCCUGUCAAUAAGGUUAUGCUUCUGAGGAAUCAUGGAGCUGUGUGUUGUGGUGAGAGUGUAGAAGAGGCCUUCUACAAUACCUAUCACCUUGUUCUGGCAUGUGAUUCUCAGUUGAAGUUGAUGCCAGUUGGAGUGGAGAAUUUGGUAUUGAUCUCAGAAGAGGCACAGAAGACUGCCUAUGAGCAAUCAAGAAGAACAGGAGGAGCAGGUGGAGUGGACAGCAAUACAAGUAAAGCCGAUUCAUCCCUAAACACAUCAGGUGAAGGAGGAACUGUGGCUGGGAGGAGAGAGAGGAAAUGGCGAGUAGGGGAAAUGGAAUAUGAGGCCCUCAUGAGAAUGCUUGACAAUUCUGGUUAUCGCACUGGGUACAUGUACAAGCAGCCUCUUGUGAGAGCUGAACCCCACAGGCACAAGAGUGAUGUUGAGGUCCCACCUUCAUCAUCUUCCUACACAUAUAUUUUUGAUGAGGAGGAUUUAUUCAAGUUCAGUCCACUGAAGAAAAUCCUAGAGGGGCGGAAGAACGCUGAUCGGAGUCGAUGGUUGAACUCCCCAAAUGUGUACCAAAAAGUGGAGGUCCUGGAGACUGGGACAAAUGACCCAAAGAAGAUUACGAAGUGGGUGGCAGAGAGUUCUCCAACCCACGGCACUCCUAUUAAAGUGGAAGACCCACUUCAAUUUGUACCCAAGAACACUGACCCUCGGGAGUUCCGUCACAAGCAGAGACAGAUCAAAGAGAACAGGCGAGCAGGAGGUGUCUCUGCUGGUCCUCAAUCAAAUGUUUUGGAAGGAAUUAGCUGGGAAGAGGCCAGAAAAAUGCAGGAGGGUGCUCUGAACACAUCAGGGGACCAAGUUGUGAUGGUUGGUGCAGCUUCUAAAGGAAUCAUUCAGCGAGGGUAUCAGCACAAUGCAGUAGUCUUUAGGGCUCCCUAUGCAAAAAAUCCAUUUGACGCUGUGACGGACGAAGAGCUGGAGGAAUACAGGCGUAUUGUAGAAAGGAGGCAGAGGGGGGAACCCAUUGAAGAUGAAGAUCCUGCCACAAACCAGGACUCUUCAAUGGCAUCUCAGCUUUCCCCUCCAACAUCUCCUAUUGUAGAGGAUACAACACCUCGUGUCCUCACUCUGGAAACUAAAGUGGCGCCUUCACCCGGGAGAGCGGAGAAGCAAAUUCUCUCCUCUCAGGUGCAUGCUGGAUUUCACCUUUUUCUAAUCUUCCUUCUUCUGGCAUCUGUUUCUCUUUCUGCUUGCCCCAUGCCAGAUGAACCCCAUGUCCAACAUAUGCCUAGUGUCAGUGAAGAGGACCCCCAAAACACAACAGAUGGGGAAGUGACUAUGAAUGGUGAUGAUCAUGAUGGGAGAGUGUCCCACAGCAGCAAAGAAGGAUCACCCAGCAAGGAUGUUUCAACUACGGAGGAAUCAUCAAGAACAGAAAAGAAGAAGAAGAAGAAGGGGAUUCGGACACCUUCCUUCCUGAAGAAGAAAAAAGACAAGAAGAAAGGAGCCGGGACUGAGUGCGUGACCCUGCUACCACUGCCAGAGACAGCGAGAGAGAGCCUGCCCAAUGACAUUAUAUGGAUUCUGAUGGGGAUGAGUGAAAUAGCCAUAAAACAAUGCCAUUCUCCUUAACAACUUUGUUCCAUGCCCUUGAGAAGUAUCCCUGUAGGACUGCAAAAAAUAUGAAAGUCAGACCCCAAGAAGAGGAAAAUCAGGGAAUGUAAUUCAUCACUUGUGUGAUGGGAACUGUUUUUCAAUGGUGUGUGUGAUUGAAUUGGCUGUUUUUCAUCAAUGAACAUUUGAGUGUCUCCUAGAGGUCUGGGGAGGGAAAUUUCAAACAUCCCCCCCAGAAUUCAUUUGCCGGUGAGCAUGCUUCUCUUUCCACGCUUAUCUUACCUUGGAUCAUUAAAUUGUGAGGAAAUAGGGAGUUCCUCAGUGUUCUUUCAUCACACUCCAGUCCAUAAUUUCCACCUGUCAUUGAUAGGCUUGAUUUUGGAACACUCCCUUCCCUUCCAUUUCAAUGAUGUAGUCUGCAGUCUCUGAAGGCAGUUGCAUAUCAGCCUUCAUUUUAUAGGUAUUCAUGGCCUCUUAAUAUUCAGAUAUGAUUUGCAUAAAAUCCAUGGAAUGAUGGGCUACCACUUUUUCCCCUGCCCUUGUACAGGAAGCAUGCUGGCUGUUGAAAGAAAGUAAAAAAGGCUUGUGCUUGCUUCCGUGGUUGAGGAUGACUAGACUCAUUCUCCUUUGCUUAAAGCAAAGUCAGUUAGUUGUUUUUUUUUAUAUCAAGUUUGCAGAUAAUUAUGUGCAGAUAUUAGAUUAUUCUGGAGUCCAGGAAUGAUGGAUGAAUGCAUCAUUAUGGCAUUCGAUGAAGGAAUGUCUUGCUUGUGUCAUGUUUCCUCAGUUUCUAUCACCAUGAAGUUUGUUGGAAAACUUCUCUUUGAGAUGCAGUUUUCUUUUUUAUAUGCAGCUGAGAACAAAUCAUACUGUUUCUGCAGCAAGUUUCAAAUUCUUGCCAAUAAUUUUUUUUUAAUUUUCACCUAGAUCAAAUAGAUGUAAUUCCCAGAUUGGUAAUUCUCAGCUUUUUGUGUUGGUGCAGCUUUUUCCCUCUCUUUGAAGUGUGUGGUCUGAAGUGUGCAAAUUGCUUCCUUGUGUAUGUGUGGAUGAGUCCAAGAAUUCAAAAGGAAAUUUUUUCUUCAAA